GACAACGAAAAGCCCAACAAAACCCCGACCCGACCCAGCCGAGCGAGGCAGCCAGCGACACACCGCGAGCCGCUGCUGCACCGCGAGCACGCGAGUUGAGCUUCUCCUGCUGCGGCGGCGGAGAUGGCGGCGAACCUGGAGGACGUACCGUCGUUGGAUCUGAUGCACGAGCUGCUCCGCCGGAUGAAGUGCAGCUCCAAGCCCGACAAGCGCCUCAUCCUCAUCGGUCCACCUGGCUCCGGAAAGGGAACCCAAUCGCCCCUUAUUAAGGAUGAAUAUUGCCUGUGCCAUUUAGCUACAGGUGAUAUGCUGAGGGCUGCUGUGGCUGCUAAGACUCCUCUGGGGAUCAAAGCUAAAGAAGCUAUGGAUAAGGGAGAGCUUGUUUCCGAUGACUUAGUUGUGGGAAUUAUUGAUGAAGCCAUGAAGAAACCUUCAUGCCAAAAAGGUUUCAUUCUUGAUGGUUUCCCUAGAACUGUUGCUCAGGCGCAGAAGCUUGACGAGAUGCUGGCAAAGCAAGGUGCUAAUGUUGACAAGGUGUUGAACUUUGCAAUUGAUGAUGCUAUAUUGGAAGAACGGAUUACUGGUCGUUGGAUCCACCCAGCCAGUGGUCGGACAUACCAUGCAAAAUUUGCACCUCCAAAGGCUCCAGCAGUAGAUGAUGUCACCGGAGAACCAUUGAUUCAAAGGAGAGAUGACACAGCUGAGGUCUUGAAGUCAAGGCUUGAAGCCUUCCACAGACAAACUGAACCUGUGAUUGACUACUACUCGAAGAAGGGAUUAGUGGCUAAUCUGCAUGCGGAGAAAGCACCCAAGGAAGUGACUACUGAGGUGCAGAAAGCCCUCUCAUGAUGAAGUAUCUGCUCUUCAGCUUAACCAUGACAUGUACCAAAAUUCCUUGUCUGGGUUUCCUUGAAGUUUAUACCGCCGCCUACAUUCUGCGGUUUUCGUUCUCAAUUUUUCAUUUGUGCGAGUGCACCAUUUUAUCAAAGCUUUGACAAGCUCAGGAACUGUUUGAAUAAUUUCUGUUUCGAAUGAGGAAAGUUUAUUUUUUUGUACCAACACUAAGAUGAUUACAGCAAUUCAUCCUUGCUAAAAUUUUCCUCGGCA